AUGACACCCAAAGCCACCCCUUUAGACUUCCACUUCCACUUCACGACAGUGACCGGUUACUUCCUCCAAGAUGACCCAAGCACCGACCCCGACAACUUCGACUACGUCACAUCCAAUUUCGGACUCAUACCUCGGAGCUACGACUCUGACCCUGAGUUCGACCCAGAGGGCCGCAAGACCCAAUGGGAGCGGUUCGAGUACCACCUCAACAAGCUAAACCGGGACAGCAGUCCUGAGACGCAGUUCAAGCUGCUCUUCCUGGGUCGACAUGGCGAGGGGGUGCAUAAUGUCGCCGAGAGGCGAUAUGGCACUGAGCUUUGGGAUUGCUACUGGUCGCUCCAAAACGGCGACGAAACCGGCACCUGGGUCGACGCCCGUCUGACGCCUCUAGGAAUCUCACAAGCCGAAACAGCCAACCAGGCGUGGCGAACGCAACUCAAGACUAAAAUCCCCUCCCCACAGGCCUACUACGUGAGUCCCCUGAACCGGUGUCUCGCGACCGCCAGCAUCACCUUCAAGGACCUAGGUCUACCGCAUACGGAGCCCUUCCGGCCGGUCAUCAAAGAGCUUCUUCGCGAAACAAUCGGCCUCCACACCUGCGACAGCCGGUCUAGUAAGACGGCUAUCGCGCAGGAAUACCCGCUGUACCGGUUCGAGGAAGACUUCGCGGAGGAAGAUCCGCUGUAUGACCCCGAGCUGCGCGAGUCGGACUCUGCGCGCGAUGUCCGGCUCCGCGAGCUCUUGCUCGAUGUGUUUGCGCAUGAUGCGAGCACGGUUGUUUCGUUGACGGCGCAUUCGGGGGCGAUUACGAGUGUGUUGGCGGUGGUGGGGCAUCGGCGCUUUCCAUUGAUGACUGGCGCGGUUAUUCCUGUGCUGGUUAGGGCGGACAGGGUGGAGGGUCCGAGUCCCCCUGUAAAGGUUGAACCGCCGACGAGGGCGCCUGUUUGUCCUGGGGGUCGCGUGUAG